CCGUACAUCCGUGCUCACAGGCUCUACCACACACUUUUUUUCUCUCCCCUUUCCGUGCACUUGGGAUAAUAUACAGCAGCAGUGUUGAGGGUGAGGAGGAGGGGGGGAGAGAAAGCAAGUGAUUCGGACUGGAUAUUGUGCUGCGAUUUCAAAAAAAAAGAUGGAUCCAAUAUUGUUUUUUCGCCCGCGUCGCUGAUUCUCUCCACUUCUGCACUUCAGAGCUCCUUCUCCAGAGCUGUCCUAUAUUUUUUUUUUUCCUAGGGAGGUGUCGACUGGUGUGAUCCCAAUUUGGAUGUUAUUGCUGACUGGUUUUUUUUCCUGAUUAUUAUUGUCUGUGUGUGUUUGAAUCCCUUCGUCCACAUGACUGAGCCAGGGUGCAGCCGGAGACGUGGCUCCCCACUCGGGAAGACCUACGGCUAAAGUUUGAAGGGUGGCAAAGGGGGUGCUUUUGUCCGUUUCCCCCCACCUUGCGCUGGAUUUGCAAUCACCCCACAAAAAAUUGCAAUAAAUAGCGGAUAUCUUUUCCCCUCUUCCCCGCCUCCCCCCCACCACCCUGCGCGCACGGUGGGAUUCACUUGGAUUUUAUACUGCUACUGGAUUUCACCCUCCCCAUCUAGGCUUAAAUCAUGAAGACCGUUAUUAUUGAUGGGGGGCGUCUCCUUUUUCUGGUGAUGUGGCUGAACCUUGUGCCUCAAACUUACAGCUGCCCUGCCAAGUGUGUGUGCUACAGUGAGCCCAGGCCCACGGUGGCCUGCCAACAACAAGGACUGUUUUCCAUCCCUACUGAGAUCCCAGUGCGGAGCCAACGGAUAUUCCUCCAGAGCAACAAGCUGACAGUGGUGAGGUCCACGAGCUUCAGCUCUUGCCACAAUCUCACUGUUCUCUGGCUCUACUCCAACAACAUCAGCUACAUCGAAGCUGGAGCUUUCUAUGGGUUGGAAAAACUGGAGGAACUGGACAUUGGGGACAACAGCAACCUCCGUACCAUUAGCCCAACGGCCUUCCGAGGCCUAACUAAGCUGCACACCCUCCACCUGCACAGGUGUGGCCUGUCAGAGCUCCCUGUUGGGGUUUUCCGAGGAAUGUUCUCUUUACAGUACCUUUACCUGCAGGACAAUAACAUUCUCACCCUGCAUGAUGACACUUUUCUGGACCUUGCCAACCUCACCUAUCUCUACCUGCACAAUAACAAGAUCAAGAUAGUAACGGACAACAUGUUUCGAGGCUUAAUCAAUCUGGACCGGCUGCUGCUGCACCAGAACCGAGUUAUCUACGUCCAGCCCAGGGCGUUUAGCGACCUCGGUAAGCUGAAGUCCUUGUUCUUGUUCUUCAACAAUCUCACGGUGUUGACAGGGGAGACCAUGGACCCGUUGGUUACCCUCCAGUAUUUGCGUUUAAAUGGGAACCAGUGGAUCUGUGACUGCCGGGCGAGGACCUUAUGGGACUGGUUCAAACGUUUUAAAGGUUCCAGCUCGGAGUUGGAGUGCAACGUUCCCGAGUUUCUGGCAGGAAAGGACCUGAAACGGCUGAAAAGCGAAGACUUGGAGGGAUGUGUGGAAACACCCCAAAUCCAGACCAAUCUCUUCAACUCCAAGGCACAUUCGGGGAAAUUUGCUUCCACCGAAAGCCCUCUGGGGGACACCAUUCCCAGGUGUUGCCUCGGAGAUAAUGACAAGUCUUCUAUCCUGUCUGGAAAGAGCCGCCAAAUCACUAACAACCCCCUUAAGGAAAAGGAGAACAUGUCCAAGACUAAAUAUAAAGAGCCAGAGCGAACAAAAAAUGAGACCCAAAACAAGCAGAACGAUGGACCACUGGGAACCUUGUCCAACACCCUGGACAAGUCUUUGGAAAACUUAAACCCCGAGCUUAUAGACAAUCUGGAAUCAUCUACAGCAUCAAACAAAAAGAAAAAGAAGUGUUCCAAAAAGCCCAAAUCAGACGCCCACUGCAUCAAAGGCCGGGGUUCUACUUUGCAAGUGCUGCGCUUUCUCUUCAUUCCCAUGACCUGGAUAUCUCUAGCCAUGUCUUAGGACUCCUGAUCUCACCCUGAACACAGGACUCAAGAAUGUUGAUGCUCAUGACAAUGAUACAAAAAGAUGCAGUGACAUCUACAACAGGCAGUGACUGAAAAAGCGAGGAGUCACUUUGACCCGACGUUGCUGAGGACAAACAAUAAACGAAGAUGUUAGAGUACAUUAAACAAAAUGGAUGCCUUUACAGAACACUACAGAUCUAAUGUAAAUAAUGAAUUGGUGCCCAAAAUUGUUUGUUCUCUAUGUACUCAACUGUACUAUGUCUAAGCUACACUUUGGAGACUCCUCCCUUUUCCCCUCUGAAAAAGCUUUUACUGCUUAGACAGACCACUGGAAGACUUAAAAAAAAAACAACAAACAAAAAAGAAGAAGAAAAAAGACAAAAACAAGAAAAACAGGAAAUUGGACACAGAACGCGCACAAAGAAUGUUGGGUCUGUUUAACGAAGAUAAACGAUCUCCCCCCCUCCCCCCCAUUAUUUAUUCAAAGUCAUGCAUUUGUUGGGUAAUGUUUCGUUUUUUUAUGUUUCUAAAAACAAAUGUUUUACCUCCCCCUGAUUUUAGUUCUAUUUUCAUGACCGAAGGGAUAUAUGGGUAGCAUUUACCAAAAGAAUGCUUUCAGUUUGUUCAUGGAGAUUGCAAUGGAACCAUAGAUAUGCAUUUUAUUUUACUUGUGUACAAGUAUGAAUAUAUUAUGAAUAAAAGUUCUUAUUUCGUA